CCGCGGCCCCUGGCGUUCGUGCUGGGCACGCGCCGCGGCGACCCGAACUGCGGCGACCAGAAGGCCUUCGAGCCCUCGAGCGACUGGAUGCCGCCCUUCAUGCGCGUGAACCCCAUCCUCGACUGGACCUACGGCGACGUCUGGGCGUUCCUGCGCGCCUUCGACCUGCCCUACUGCGCGCUCUACGACGGCGGCUACACGAGCCUCGGGAGCGCGCCGACGACGUCCCGGAACCCGGCGCUCCUCGGCGACGGCGGCGCCUACAAGCCCGCGCACCUCCUCGAGGACUGGUCCCUCGAGCGCGCCGGCCGC